UCAAGUCUCAAAAAUGUUGUGUCAACAUACACAUUCAUUCAUCAGUCGUAUCAUCAUUUCUCGUACCUUGAUACUCAUACAGCAGACAGAAUUAGCUUAAUCGAAGAUGUUGAUGCCAUCUGUUCAUCGACAAGAAGAGAAGAAUGUUCCACAAUCAGUGCCCGUUCAGGCAGGUGUGAUGCAGUAUGCUACAGCUCCUCCUGUUAUGCACUUACAGCCUGAAUUUGUUCCUAACGAUUACUUCAUUCCUACACUAGUUAUCGCUAUUGUCUGUCCUAUUAUGAGCUUCACUACAAUCUUCUUCACUGUUGCUGCCAUAAUCUGUUCAAUACUUUCUUGGGUGCAUAGAGCAAAAGGUGUUUAUCAUUAUUUACAAGCUAAGAGGUUUGGUCAAGCUGCUCUAAUAUUGGACAUCAUUGCUCUGCUCUGGUUUUUCUUUUGGGGCUUUUUUACACUGUCAUUCUUAAGCUACUUUGUAUUUGUAUUAGUCCCUGAAUUCAGUUAACUAUUAGUUUUUAUGUGAUAAACUCAAUUAAUGUACAUGCAUAUUAAUGUUAUAAUGUUCAGCCUUCUCUUCCUCAAAACGUGUACAUAAUAUGCUCUGAUACGGAA